AUGCGCUUGCUACUUAUCUGCCUCUUCCUCUGCCUCGUUGGCCUAGGAGCAAUCCAAGCUGCUCCUACAACACUGGAUACAGCAGAUUCAGAUAUCAGUCUCAGCGACCGUUUUCGAGCCCCGUCGUUGACGACCAGAACCCUAUGGACCAUCGUCUCCAGCUCCGUUCUCACUCUUUUUGCGUGCACAUACAGUGCCAUUCACCCUAACAUUCCGAGUCCUAAGGAUAGUUAUACGGGUAUCCAGAUGCGGCGACUUGGCAUCAUAAUAAUGGCAUUGAUCGCUCCUGAACUCAUGGUCACCCUGGUUCGUGCGCACCUAAACGUUGACUCAUAUCCAUCCUUAGAUCAUACGUGGACUCAGGCACACAGCCUCUUUGUGUUGAUGGGUGGUUUCAUGCUUUAUGUGGACGGGAAACCCUACCUUACACUACAGCCUGAUCACAUUCUCAAACUGAUACGUAAAAUGUGUAUCGACAUCCCUACCCUAAAGGCAGACCAGAUCCACGAUAAGAGCAAAGGCGAUGCGAUAUCGAAAGGAUUGGUUAUGCUUCAGGUGGCCUGGUUUAUCAUGCAGCUCGUCACCCGCAUCAUCUAUCCCCUCGAAAUCACCCAGCUCGAAGUGGGAACACUCGCUUUUGCGGCACUUAAUUUCCUAACCUAUGCUGCGUGGUGGAACAAGCCUCUCAACGUGCAAUGUCCGCAUCCAGUGUACUGGAAGCCGACCGAGUCAAGACCAGAGGAUAUUUUGGGUGACAAAGACCGACCCGAUGGCCUUGGGAUCUUUUCUCCAGUCCUCGGCCCAAUCAUAGAACUGAUAGGCUGGGCUGACAUUCCCACAUCUCGGAAGCUGCGAGUUCCAACAUUUGAUGGCAGCAUCAAACUCGGACGUUCGGACAAGAUGAUUCUUGUAGCUGCUGGAUUUCUUAUGACAACCAUAUUUGGCGCCAUCCAUUGUAUGGCUUUGUUCCUUACCUUUCCCACAUACGAGGAACACCUGCUAUGGUCCGUAAGUGCUAUCAUUAUAACUUGCAUACCCUGGCUUGGUUUCGUCACUCUAUUGCCCUUCCUGUGCGCAUCAAAGGAGGUUCAAGUCUCGCUCUGUUCAUUAUAUGCCAUGUUCUACAUCAUAGCUCGUGCCGCCCUCUUUGCACUUAUGUUCACCACUUUACGCGAUCUUGAUCAUAACGCAUACGAAGCGGUGUCGUGGACCACUUGGGUACCGCACUUAUAG